CCGCGUCUGCCUCAGAGGGGCCCGAGCUACCCGGUCCGCCGCGUCCCCGCCGCCGCCGCCGCGUCCCCCGCCGGGGCCGACCGAGCCGAGCCGGGCCGGAGCGGCGGGCGCGGCCGGGCCGCCAUGGACCACAAGCCGCUGCUGCAGGAGCGGCCGCCCGCCUACAACCUGGAGGCCGGCCAGGGCGACUACGCGUGCGGCCCGCACGGCUACGGCGCCAUCCCCGCCGCGCCCCCGCCGCCGCCCUACCCCUACCUCGUCACAGGGAUACCCACCCACCAUCCCAGGGUCUACAACAUCCACAGCCGGACCGUCACCCGCUAUCCUGCCAACUCUAUCGUGGUCGUGGGAGGCUGUCCCGUCUGCAGGGUUGGGGUGCUGGAGGAUUGCUUCACCUUCCUGGGCAUCUUCCUGGCCAUCAUCCUCUUCCCCUUUGGGUUCAUUUGCUGUUUUGCCUUGAGGAAGCGACGAUGCCCCAACUGUGGAGCCACCUUCGCUUAAAGGGAACACCAGGCCCGGCUUUCCUACACCCAGCUCUCUUUUUCUAAUGUAAAUGUUGUGUACAAUAGUUUUAUUUGAUUAAGCUUCAGGACUGUUUUGUAAAGCGAGGUGGGACCGAUGUGGCACACGCCAGCUGCGGUUUCCCGGAGCGUGGAGAGGCAGCGCUGCUGCUCCCGCCCGAGGCUUAUGACAACUCAAUAAAGCACUGCUUUUAUUUUUUGCAGUCUUCAAUUUGAGAAAGGUGAGAAAUAAUGUUUUCAAUAAAUGAGAUUCAUACCAUUGUU